GACUUGAUACAUUGUUCAAGGUGUAGAAUUAAUUGGACUCGUGAUGAUGGAAUUUUGCUGCUCGAGGUCAACAGGACGCUACGUGCAGGAGGAUACUUUGCUUGGGCAGCACAGCCUGUUUAUAAGCAUGAAUUAGCCCUUGAAGAGCAGUGGGAAGAGAUGAUUAAUCUUACAAGCCACCUUUGUUAGAAUCUUGUGAAGGAGGGGUAUAUUGCAAUUUGGCAGAAGCCCUUGAACAACAGUUGCUACUUAAGUCGUGAGGCAGGAACGCGACCUCCGCUGUGUGAUUCAGAUGAUGAUCCAGACAGUGUUUGUUUUGUACAGAUGGUAGCAAGUUCAUUACGGUAAGCUCUGAUAAGAAGGGUAUACUAUAUGAUGCGAAAACUGGAGAGAAAAUUGGAGAGCUAUCCUCAGAGGAUGGUCAUAAAGGCAGCAUUUACGCUGUUAGCUGGAGCACUGAUGGUAAACAGGUAAUCAGUGUUGUGUGGAUUCUCUCUCGUGCUGCUUCUAGUUGAUUUUCUGUUCAAAAUUUGGUUAUUAAAUUUUCAGAUUUGAUUUUUUGGAUUUUUUUUUCUGAAACGUUCAAACACAGUGGACAUUUAUGUAUUAAAUA